AUGGCACCGGUCCUUCGAGCAAGACAGAGUUUAUCAAAGGAUAAGUUCUCUGGCUAUUUUGGCAACCUCAGAAGUCAGCCCUACAACGACCCCAAUAACUCGCGGGGCUCGAAUCCCCAUAGUCUGCGGGCCUGCAAGGCCACUAGAGCGAGGCUGAACGAGAUAGGGAACCCUGAAAAGCCUCAUGUGAAGUUUUCGACGGAGCUCAAGGGCCACUCAGCAUCUGUUGAAAAGGUCGCAUUCAACCCAACAAAGGAUGCAGAGCUUUGCAGUGUCAGCAGUGACGGCGUGGUCAAGUUCUGGGACGUGAGGACAAAAGCAUGCUUCAACGAGGUCAAAGGACUUGGGGACGCUUUUACUCUUGUCUGGGCACCAGAUGGGAACACGCUUCUCGUUGGGAACAAGGCAGAUACCAUAUUCGUUCUGUCGCCAUCCCAGUCGACGCCUCUCAGCACACAUCAACAGUCCGUGCAGACCAACCAGAUCGCAUUCUGCUGGAGCGGUGAGAAGAUAUUCGUCACGACAGCAGAAGGACGUAGCCGAGUCUUGUCGUACCCUGGAUUUCAACCUGUAUUGCAGAGCAAGCAUGGAGAAGAGACGGACGAGUUUGAGCUCAAUGGACAUACUUCUUCGUGUCUGACUGCUGAUCUACAGCCUACGGGGCGACUGGAUUUGCCAGCGGACAAUUACGAGGAUGGUCGGGCCAGUGAAGAGCCUGAGCUUUACGUUCGAUGGUAG